UGCUCGUUACGUAAAAAGAUUCGGGAUAUCAAAACUGAGCAGAAUGACGUUUCAAAGACUGAGGUGUUCGCGUGUCCUGUUUGCUAUGAACCACUGAUAAGGAAAGGGCCGCCAGGUAUGAACUUGUCUGCAAUUUAUAAGACCGGAUUCAAGUGUUCAAAAUGCAACAAGUCAUACACCAGCAAAGAUAUUUUCUUGGAUCUCACAGUCACUUCAGGAACAAAAGAAUACAGCGAGCUGAAGCCUGCUAGAACUGAGCUGUUCAGGAGCCCGCUCGUUUCAUUUCUUUACGGGAGAGGAUGGCGUCAGAACUUCAACCGGAGUGGCUUCCCUGGUCGUGAUGAAGAGUUCCAAAUGGCUCAAUAUUAUUUCCAUCCAGUUGCUGGUGGUAUACUCGUUGAUGUCAGCUGCGGCAGUGGCUUGUUUGCAAGGAAGUUCGCAACGUCUGGGGCAUACUCAUCAGGGAUUGCUCUGGACUUUUCUGAGAAUAUGCUCCGCCAAUGCUAUGAUUACAUCUGUUAG